ACAGGAGCUUGUGGCAGAACGUUAAUGUUGACUUUGGGAAUGGUGAAGGGUUUGAUGUCUAUUUUUAGCUAGCUACCUAAAAAGGGAAAUGCCCCCGGAGCGGCAGAGAUCCAGGGACCUCCCUGCACCCAAGGCUGUUCACGCGACCUCCCGAAUUCCCUUUGGCUUUUAUCUCAGACCCUUUGAAGCUGUAAGACCCACCUUCAGGCUCUGUGAAUGUCUCCCAAAUGCUGGCUCUGAUCUUUUGGAGAUCACCAGAGAGAGGGACUCCUGUGUCUUCAGAUUGAGCAGUCUGGAAACUUCUGUGGGGUGCCGACCUCCUCCCUCCUUCCUCCUUCCUCCCAAGAGGAAGGUUCAUGAGGCCAGGACUAGGUGGGUGUGGGCAGGCUGGGGCAAAAGCAGAAGAUGGAUUACCUAGGCAACCACCCUUCCCAGCGCAGCCCCGUGUUUCCCAGGAGGCUUCUAAAUUCAGUGCUUUGAUUUGUGAUGUUUUUAUUGGGCUGCUUCACUUCUUCCAGCUUCAGUCUCCCGUCUGGGAUGGAAGGCCCAGUACCUGGCAGCUUUGAUCUAAUUGGUGGCAGAGCAAGGGGGCUUCUCCUUUUCAUGGAAAGUUGUGCAAAGAUUCAAGCCAACCAGCUUUAUCUCUGAGCAUCAGAGCCCAGGGAUGGGGUGGAGUGUUCUCAGGAAUUCCCAUGUUAACAGAGAUCCUUGGGGGGGGGGAGGAGCAUUCAUUCCUUUAGGAGCUGUUUUCUAGCCUGUGCUGGGUACUGAGUUAGGCACUGGGGGUGCAGAAGGUGAAGAGGAUGGGCCCCAUCCCUGUCCCCAGGGAGCUUGCUGGGGUACGUGCACUUUGGGGGCAGUUUUCUGCAAUUGCAACGCCUUGUGAUGACGGCUGAUUGAACUACCUUGGAGGGGCGUGGGACCCAACCUGGCAGCAGAGAUGGAUGAGCUGAGACCUGUCCAGGAAUGUGCAAGAGUCCGCAGAGAGUUGCCAACAAAAGCCUGGCAUUGCAGAAACUGAAAGGCCUUCAGUGUAGAGUACAGAGCCGUGCCCCCCAGGAGGUGGCACAGAGACCAGCGGCUUCCACACCCCAGGAAGGUCAGGAAUCUGUUUGUAGCAAGUCUCCUGCAUGAGCGUCAUGCACGCUCAAUUUUGAGAAGCACUGGCAUUGAGCAUAGCGGGCUGGGUGAGGGUGCUCCCCAAGAGUUACGAGGCUGGAGAUGAAAGCCAGAGACAGAGCUUCGAGGCCCUUGUCUGAGCAGUUGGACUUGAUCCUAAGAGGCAGUGAACAGCCACUGGAGAGCUUUACACAGGGAAGUGACAUCAGAUAUGCACUUGAGAAAGACCAGUUUGGCCACAGAGUGAUGGGUGUAUUAGGGUGGGGACAGGGGACCAGAGGUCUAGGAGGUGGUACAGUUAGGACUAGAAUGGUGACAGCAGGGGUGUGGAAAGUGGGCCCAAGGAGAUUAUUUCAUUGAUGGAAUUGAAAGAUGUCCGUUAGUGACUGGAUAUGGGCAGGGAGGGGACUUGGGAGAAAUGGGGACGAGCAGUAGCGUGGGGAAAAGGACGUGGGUUUGGUUUUGCAUGCGCUGGGUUUGCAGUAUGUGCCUGGGGAGACGGUGAUCAGGUAGUGGGAUGUAUGGGUGGACUCAGGAGAGAGGUCUGGGCUCCGGGGAAAAUGACCGCAGCAGAGAGAAGGAUAAAAAGAGGAACUCGGAGCCGUUUGGGGCGUUUGAGAGUUUGGGGAGCACUGCUGUACUAGGAGGGGUGCGCCGCCUGGCGCUGACUCUCUGGGGGAGGGACAGACGCAGUGGCAAGGAGAGGGAGGACGCUCUGCACGCCUUGCCUGACCCUGUGGCUGGCGUUCGCAAAGACGGUUGGAUUUUAUUUUCCUUCUGUGAUGCUCCUCUCUGACAAUGGCUAGUGCAGAAAGUUUGGGGCGUUGGAGAAGGGGGUGAGGGACAAAGGGCUGACAGCAAGAGUAAGAUAAUAAGAGGGGUGCGUCCAGAAGUUAGUGACCUGAGAAGUACUGAGAGUUUGAGCAUCUGGACCAGCAAGAGUUUUGCCUCUGCUGAGGACCUGAAUUGGGGAAGGCGCUCCAGGUGCAGCAUGAGUGACCUCGUGAAGGUAUAAAGCUGACCUGACCAACAGCGCGGGGACUAAACAGGUGAAGGAGAGCACAGAGCAGUCCUCUGGGGGUGUGUCUGGGGGAGAAAGGUGAAUGGGCGGCGUGGCUGGUGUUAGAGUGUGCACUUUAUGCUAUACCUUCUUUACAGCGUUGCUUAAUUCUUUACAGCAGAUUUUAUAUAUUCCUCCCACAUUCUUUGAAUGAGGACACUGAAACUGCAAGAGGUUUAAUAACAGGCUUCAAGUCACACAGCGUAGGGAGUGACACGGCCGUAUUCGAACCCCAGUCCAGGGCCAGAGCCUACGCCCACCGCAUUUCUGCAGAGGGACGGAGAAGGGUUUUGAGGACCUGUUUAGAGGAUGGGGCAGGGUGUUGGCUGGAGUAGAGGCAACAGGAGGAAAGCAGCCGUACCCUGGGCAGCAGGAGGCUUAAGUCCUGUUUCUAACUCGGCCACGUGUUUUAUAAACCCAGCAAGUCAUCUGCCUUUUAUUCAAAUCCAUCUCCUUUUUCACAAAAUGGAAACAAUGUGAAGCGCCCUGCUUGUGUUUGGUUGGGGUAAGAACCCAAUGAGAAAAAGGACGAUGACAUCAUGGGCUAGAAACUCAACUUGCUGAGUCCAGCUCUCGACAAGGAACCCGGUUUAAAAUCCAUGACUUAUGUUCUCCUAAGCCCAGAACACGGUGAAUGGAUUUCAGCAGAUGCUCCUAUAAAAUAUAUAUAGAAUAGGACACAGAACAUUGUUAACAUUUCAAAUAGUUGUUACUGAUAGGAACCAAACCAGUUCCAGAUGCUAACCAAUUCCAACAGGAAAUGCCCCAAAUGUACAGAACAACAGUAAAACUUUGGCCUUCUGUCUUAUUUAACUAUGACACAGAAAGACAUACCGGUUCAGGCUCUAAUUCCGGCCAUGUAGGUUUACCCAGAGCCCCCAAGAGCAGGGCAGGGUGGGACUUCGGACUCAUCCGCUUUCACUCAGUGCCUUCUCUUGCCUCAUGAUCAGCCCUCCUCCCAGCCCCCAGGGCUCAUCCACACCUGCGUUCGUGUGGUUGGGCUGCCGUAUGUAGCAACGCACCGCAGACGCGGCAGCCUGCACGUCGGAAAUGUGUUGUCUCCCGGUUCUGGAGGCUGGAAUCCCAGAUCAGGUGUCCUCAGCAGGUUUGGUUUCUCCCGAGGCCUCUCGCCUUGGCCUGCAGGGGGCGGCCUUCUCGCCGUGUCCUCGCACGGCCCUUCCUCUGUGCACACGCAUCCCUCGUGUCUCUCCGUGUGCUCAAAUUUCCUCCUCGUACAAGGGUACCGGUUGGUUUGGAUGAGGGCCCACCCUACAAGCCUCCUUUUAAUUUAAUCACCUGUUUAAAGUCCCUGUGUUCCGAGGUACUGGGGGUGAGGACCUCAACGUAUGGCGUGGGGGGUGGGGACACAACUCAGCCCAUGGCAGCCUCCACACAGCUCCUCUGAAGAGGAGGCUCUCCCUCUCCCCGGAGGUCAGUCCUGGUUCUGGUGGAGGCGCUCUUUCCUUCCCUCGAGGGCUGCUCUCCUCCAGCUGUGCCCUCUCCCUUCCCUGCUGCGCCGGGUGCAGAGGGGCAGGGACCUCCCACCCGGUCCCCACUCCCGAGGCUCCUGGCUUUCCCACGCUCUUCCCUGCGGGCAUCCCUGGGCUCUCCCUCUCCACCUAGUGCUCGCCUUCUGCUUUCACACCUGUGCUCUUCUCUCUCACCUUGGAAGAAACCUUGUCAUUUCCUCUUCUGUCGCCCUGCUUCUCCUUGUCCCUUUCACCUCCGGAAAGCUUGGUGGAUUAGUUGACUCCCCACCUGUUUCCUUGAAAAUCUCCUCUAGAGCAACAUCUGACCCCAUGUCCUGCCCUCUCAAACACCACCCAUCACCUGGCUGGUCAUAUCUUCCCAGCGCCCAUCCUCCUCCUCCCUGAGUUUCAGGGACAGUCCUUCCACAGCCCCUCUCCUUCAUCCCAGCUCCUCACUGUGGGCAUCACCUCCAAUCAGACCCUGGCCCUUUCUCAUCUUUCACUGCACUCUUUUCCCGAAAAGAACUGACCCAUCCUCACAGUUUCCAUUAAUAAUUGCAUGUUUGAUCCUGAAAUCUUUCUCGUUCAGCUUCUACCAACUAUCUCUAGAUCCUGGACUUCUAGCCUAUAUACAGACUAAACUCUUUCAUCAACCCCAUGCUCUUGAACCAAGCCAAAUUCCUCAUCUUCCACUCCUAGAUUCCAUGUUCCAUCGAUAAAAAUUUUCCCAUUUAUUCAAGCAAGACAUUCUUGAGGAAUCUUUAUCCCUCCUUCUUGUUUAGCCCCUAAAUUCUUUUAACGUUUCUUCCAUCUCUUAUUUGUAUUUUCUUUCCUGCUGCCUUUGCCAAGGCUGGACCUUGAUCAGCUUCUUCCAAGAGAAUGGCAGUAGCCUCCUAACUGGGUAUUCUUGUGCCCUGGAAUUGGAAAGACCUCCAGGGGUCCUCCAGCCCAGCUGGACUGCUGUUUGUGUCCGGACUCCCUGUUACUCCGGACAAAGACCUAACUCUCAAAUUCAUUCCAGACCAGCACUGUCCAAUAGAACUUUCUGUGAUGAUGGCAGUGUUCUCUGUCUGCACAGUGUGGAAGCCCCCUAACCACGUACGGCCGUGAGCACUUGAAAUGUGACUAAUGUGACUAAGGAACUGAAUUUUUUAUUUCCUUUGAAUUGUCACACCAUCUUCAUGCACUGCUCUCUGAAACCAGCCCUGUGCUCCAGCCAACCCUCCACCAAACAUCACGCUGACGCUCGACUCUGAGUCACUCUGUUCCUGAUCAGCGGGGCUCUUCUCUCCAGGUCACAUCAUCUCGAGUCCUCACGUCCACCCUUGUCCCACCUCCCGGCCAUCCCCUCAACAGACACUGCUUUCUCUUUCUUCCUCAUGUGAACAGUUACAUCAUCUUGCCUGGAUAAAACGUUGUUUAGCUUUCUGUUUAGCUUUUAUUUUGAAAUAAUUUCAGAACUAUGGUUAAGUUGCAAAAAUAGUACAAAUAUUUCUUGUAUACCCUUCACUCACAUUCUUCAGAUAUUAAUAUUUUACCAUGCUUGCUUUAUCACAUAUUCUCUCUCCUUCUCUUCCUCUAUUUUGCAACCUCUCUUUCCUUCUACCUCUUCACAAACACAUAUACAUACAUACACAUUAUUUUUUAUGAGCAGUUUGAAAGUAAGUUGCACACAUGGUAUCCUUUACACCUCAAUACUUCAGAAUCUAUUUCCUAAAAAUAAGGACUAUCUCUUAUAAAACCACAGCUAUUUGAUACAGUGUGGUUAGGGGAGAUCUCACUGAUUAAGCAACUUUCUCAUUUUUUAUAUUAUAAUUUACAUGCAGUAAAAUUCACCCAUUCGAUUGCACAGUUCUUGACAAAUGUGUAUAGUUCCGUAACCACCACCAUGGCCAAGAUAUGGUUCUAUACCUUAAAAUAUGUCCUUGUGCCCCUUAGUAGUAAACCCCUGCCCCCCCCCCCCACUUUUCUCUGUCCCUAUAGUUUUGCCUUUUCUAAAAUGUCCUAUAAGUAGAAUUGCACAGCACAUAGCCUUUGAGCCUGGCUUCUCUUAGCAAAGAGAAAGGUGAAUCAUUGAGAUGCAGUCAUGUUGUGUGUGUUAGGAGUUUGUUCCUUUCUAUUGAUGAGUGGUAUUUCCUUAUGAGUGUACCACAGUUCAUGCAUUCUCCAGCUGAAGGACAUCCGGGGAACUUCUAGUUUUUGGCAGUCACAACUAAACCCACUACAGACAUUCAUAUACAGGUAUUUGUUUGCAGGUAGGUUUUAUUUCACUUGGAUAAGCAUGUUAGAUGACUGUUGAACCAAGACCUGAAGGAAAUAUGAAAAUAAGCCAUGAUGUUAGCUAAGGAUAUUUUUGCAUAUUCACCAUAUCGCUGUUCAGACAAAUGAAUAGGUUUGUGCUGCAAAACUGCUCUGUCUGGGUCAUUUUUCUCAUGUGAGUUAUUUGGAGCACGUAGGGGGAAGAAUACAGACCACUGGUUGGUGCGUUCAUUUGUUCAUUCACUCAUUGAUCCAUUCGAGAAACAUUAAAGGAAAUAAAAGCCAUCAGUGUGCAGUCUGUGACCCAAAGGAAGCCUGAGACCCUUGGAUCCGCACCAAGGGCUAAAUUUACUCGGUUUAUCUGACAUAAUUUCCCUUAUGGGUUUCCUGAAAGUUAGGGUAAGUAGGGAGUUUGGGGUUAUCAUCAUUGAAACGGACAAUGGAGGACGCUUACGCAUUUUUGAGAGUUUUUAUCUCCACGGAGGCUCCAGGGACCCCUCCAGAGACCCCGCUGAGAAGUGAUAUUCGUUCGCCCGUGAGGGUGUCCACGUGAGACUGCAAGGUCUCCAGAAAGACACGUGCAAGGGAAGCCUCUGUCUGGGUGAUGCAACUGUGAAAAAGAAACCUGCCCCCAAGACACCUCCGAAGGCAGCCAUGCCCCCUCAGAUCAUCCAGUUUCCUGAGGACCAAAAGGUGCGAGCAGGAGAGCCUGUGGAGCUGUUUGGUAAAGUGGCCGGCACCCAGCCCAUCACCUGCACCUGGAUGAAGUUCCGAAAGCAGAUCCAGGAGAGUGAGCACAUCAAGGUGGAGAACAGCGAGAGCGGCAGCAAGCUCACCAUCCGGGCUGCACGCCAGGAGCACUGUGGCUGCUACACUCUGCUGGUGGAGAACAGGCUGGGCAGCAGGCAGGCCCAGGUCAACCUCACCGUCGUGGACAAGCCGGACCCCCCGGCCGGCACGCCUUGUGCCUCUGACAUCCGCAGCUCCUCGCUGACCCUGUCCUGGUACGGCUCCUCGUACGAUGGGGGCAGCGCUGUACAGUCCUACAGCGUCGAGAUCUGGGACUCGGUGGACAAGACGUGGAAGGAACUAGCCACAUGCCGCAGCACCUCAUUUAAUGUCCAGGACCUGCUUGCUGACCGAGAGUAUAAAUUCCGUGUGCGCGCAAUCAACGUCUAUGGAACCAGUGAGCCGAGCCAGGAGUCUGAACUCACAGCGGUGGGAGAGAAACCUGAGGAGCCGAAGGACGAAGUGGAGGUGUCAGACGACGAUGAGAAGGAGCCCGAGGUCGAUUACCGCACCGUCACGGUCAACACCGAACAGAAAGUGUCAGACUUCUACGACAUCGAAGAGAGACUAGGAUCUGGGAAAUUUGGACAGGUCUUUCGACUUGUAGAAAAGAAAACUGGAAAAAUCUGGGCAGGGAAAUUCUUCAAGGCAUAUUCGGCAAAAGAGAAGGAGAACAUCCGGCAGGAGAUCAGCAUCAUGAACUGCCUCCACCACCCCAAGCUGGUCCAGUGUGUGGACGCCUUCGAAGAGAAGGCCAACAUCGUCAUGGUCCUGGAAAUCGUGUCCGGGGGUGAGCUGUUCGAGCGCAUCAUCGACGAGGACUUCGAGCUGACGGAGCGGGAGUGCAUCAAGUACAUGCGGCAGAUCUCGGAGGGCGUGGAGUACAUCCACAAGCAGGGCAUCGUGCACCUGGACCUCAAGCCCGAGAACAUCAUGUGUGUCAACAAGACAGGCACCAGGAUCAAGCUCAUCGACUUCGGUCUGGCCAGGAGGUUGGAGAACGCGGGGUCUCUGAAGGUCCUCUUCGGCACCCCGGAGUUCGUCGCACCUGAAGUGAUCAACUACGAGCCCAUUGGCUACGCCACAGACAUGUGGAGCAUCGGGGUUAUCUGCUACAUCCUGGUCAGUGGACUGUCCCCCUUCAUGGGUGACAGCGAUAACGAAACCUUAGCCAAUGUUACCUCGGCCACCUGGGACUUCGACGACGAGGCCUUCGAUGAGAUCUCCGAUGACGCCAAGGAUUUUAUCAGCAACUUGCUGAAGAAAGAUAUGAAAAACCGAUUGGACUGUACCCAGUGCCUUCAGCAUCCAUGGCUGAUGAAAGACACCAAGAACAUGGAGGCCAAGAAGCUCUCCAAGGACCGGAUGAAGAAGUACAUGGCAAGAAGGAAAUGGCAGAAAACGGGCAAUGCUGUGAGAGCCAUUGGAAGACUGUCCUCUAUGGCAAUGAUCUCAGGGCUCAGUGGCAGGAAAUCUUCAUCAGGGUCACCAACCAGCCCACUCAAUGCAGAAAAACUAGAAUCUGAAGAAGAUGUCUCCCAAGCUUUCCUUGAGGCUGUCGCUGAGGAAAAGCCCCAUGUGAAACCCUACUUUUCUAAGACCAUUCGUGAUUUAGAAGUUGUGGAGGGAAGUGCUGCUAGAUUUGACUGCAAGAUUGAAGGAUACCCAGACCCUGAGGUCGUCUGGUUCAAAGAUGACCAGUCAAUCAGGGAGUCCCGCCACUUCCAGAUAGACUACGAUGAGGAUGGGAACUGCUCUUUAAUCAUUAGCGACGUUUGCGGGGAUGAUGAUGCCAAGUACACCUGCAAAGCGGUCAACAGUCUUGGAGAAGCCACCUGCACAGCAGAGCUCAUUGUGGAAACCAUGGAGGAAGGAGAAGGAGAAGGGGAAGAAGAAGAGGAGGAAGAGUGAAACACAGCCAGAGAGAAGCAGUUUCUAAGUCAUAUUACCAAGACUAUUUCUCUAAAGCUCCAAAAACCCAAGAUAGUAAAAGCACCUAGUGUGAUAGGUUAUUUAGUUAGGUCAUUUGGGGGUUGAUUCUUCAGCAACAGUGGUUGGUACCCAGCAGCGUUACUGAUGGGCAUUAAUUUAACUUAGCUGGCACCUUAAGAUACUAGAUUUCAUUUUGGAAAAUCACCAGUAACUUUCCUGACCAAUUGAUUUUAGAGAAAAAGCAACCAAAAGGAAGCUUUAUCUGGGCAAAAUCAUAAAUUCCCCAGCUGAAAGCACUCAUGAAAAAUAAGGCCCUGUGGUCACAGCCCUGCCCAGAGGGUUUGGAGAUGGGGUCUCCUCCCAGCUCCCCCUCCAAAGAACCAGGUCUUCUCCAGUCCUGUAGCACUUCAUUCUGCAGGCAGUUGAGCCAUUUUAACUUGUGAGGCACACUGUUUCCAAAGUACAGUAUAGACAUUUGAACCUUUCACAUCCAUCCCUUGUGCCACCUGCCAGUUUUUCUGGAUCUGGACUUGCCACGAGUUUAAGCAUUAGGAACAUGACACGUCUUAGAUUCUGAAGACAUGUCUCCUGCUCAUGGAUGACUGGCUUCCUUAGGAAAAUAGAAUCUCCUUUCUUCCAAAAUCAGUAGGAAAUCUAAACCUAUCCCCUCUUUGAAGAUGUCUAGCCGCUUCAGACAUUUUUAUAAGAACCCAUGGAAAAAAAUCCUUGUUAAUGUGCUUUUUUUCUGAAACCAGGAUUCAUAUUUGUGCUGUGCUGUUUUAGAAUAUCAGCUCUGCAUGUGUGGUAAAGAUUUUUGUGUUUGAAUGUAUGAAAAAAACAGUUUGCUGAAAAGUUAGUCUUAUUUAUUGGCCACUAUGAAACAGAUUUCAGCUGUAGAACUCCACAUACUUUGGAAUCUCAUUCAGGAUAGUCUGAGUUUAAUAUACCGUCAUUUUUAAACACGAUCCAGAGAACUCUGCCUGCCUUAUGGAUUCCACGAGGUUUUUCUUCUUGAACGUGCAUCAGUCAUGCCUUGCCCCAAACCUUGAAAUCUAGUCUUAACCUGAUAAAUGCACUCAGACUUGCAUCUUUAGGGAUUUUUUAACUUUCUUUCACUACAUUGGCACUUAAAUUUUUCUUUAUAAAACUUUUCGAAGGUCAUAAACAAAGACCAUAAACUGAUAUGCCUAAUACAUUUCCUCUGUGUGUGUGUAACAUUCCAAAUACUUUUUUCUUUUCCACUGUUUGUAAAGUGCAGCAGUUUAAUAUUUCAAGGGACUUACUGAGAGUUCCUUAAGAACCAAUUUUAAAUUACUUCAGUGCAAUCCUACACAAUAUCAACAUUAGGAUUUUGAUGUUACUUAGUCUUAUGUUCUCUUCCAUUCUAUUUUUAUCUGCUUCUUGCUGCUAGUUUCAAAUUGCCAGUAUUUUUCUUUUUGCUUUUUAAGCAGUUAUAGUAUUUUUCAUAUAGCCACAGUAUUGCCACAGUCUAUUAUAAUAAAGCGUUUUAAAUUUGAUUUAGAGCAUUCAAAGCUUUUCUUCAUCACUUUUAAUUGUUUAGACUAUAAUCUUUGUGUGCGUGUAUGUUGUAUAUGUGCGCGCAUGUGUGGUGUGUAUGUUUGUUUACAGGUUUUUUGAUGCCUUCUUGAAGUUGUGUUAAUGUUCUCCCAGUUUAUUAUGCCAUCAGAAUGGUAAAUGAGAACACUACAACUGUAGUUAGCUCACAAUUUUUAAAUAAAGGCUACCACAGUGCA